UUCACACCUUUCUCAUCUGCUUCCCCGCCGAAACCAAAAACAGCGAGAAAGAAACCCUCGUUCCCCACCCAACUCUGAUUGCCCUCCUCUCCCGGCGGUUUCUUCGCCCAAAAAUCAAACCCAGCGGGAGGGAAAACCAAGAAAGGGCGUGCGAAAAUGGCGGACGCGAACUCGUACGAGGAGCAGCGCAGGAGGCAGGUGGAGGAGAACAAGCGGAAGCUGGAGGAGCUGCGCCUGCACCACCUCUCCGCCGCCGUCCGCGAGGCCGCCGCCAAGCCCAAGCUGCAGAAGAGGAAGGCGUCGAAGCCACGGGACGCCGCCGAUGACGCCCCGCCCCGGCGCUCCGGCCGUAUCGCCACCCUCCCCGAGCAGCCCGACUAUCGCGACAAUGUAAAGCUCGGCACCGGGAAACCACGGCAGCAAAAAGAAGUAAAGCCUGAUCAUGCGUAUGCCAUCGCCAAGGCCGAAGAGCUACGGGAUGAGCUUGGCUCCGACUACCCCACCUUUGUCAAAACCAUGCCCCAAUCUCUUACCUCGCUGUAUAUUCCGGCACAGUUCAGCAUGGAGCAUCUCCCGGACCGUGGCAUGAAAUUGGUUUUGGUGGAUGAGGAGGAGGAGGAGUUUAAGGUGCAAUAUCGUCCACACAGUAGCAGUCUUGUCACCGGGUGGAGCGAGUUUGUCAUGGACAAUGAGCUGGUGGAAGGUGAUUGCUUGGUGUUCCAGCUGAUCAGGAGGGCAUUGUUCAAGGUCUUCAUUUUCAGGGCAAGUUCGUACUAUGAAAAUGACCAUUAAUGAAGCAGCCGGCAGGCUCCUGGUUGCGUCAUGUCAAUUUCUAUUGAGGUUUGAUGGUUCAGAAAUCUGCACUAUGUCAGGGGUCGGUUAGUUAUGUAUGUAAGGCAACUGUCAGGCAUUCUUAGAACCACUCGUGCGGCUGGCAAGUCGUAUGGUAACUGCCGGCAUCGUGUAAAGUUUGUCAUGUGACGGCAAGUGUGGAACUUGGUUG